AUGGCACCCCCACACUUCAUUGAUGAUAAAUCUGAGAUUUGCCUCCCAUUCAUCCUCUCUCAGCUCAAACUCCAUCGCGAAGAGUCUCCCGACCGCCCCUUUGUCAUUGGUCUCAAUGGCAUUCAGGGCGCCGGAAAGUCUACCCUUGUCAAAACCCUGAGUAAGGCCCUUGAGGGUCAGAAUGUACCGACUCUCGUCUGUAGCAUAGACGAGUUCUACCUCACUCGUCAGGAUCAGGUUGCCCUUGCUGAGUCUCACCCUGACAAUGCCCUCAUUCAGCAUCGUGGAGAGCCUGGAACUCAUGACCUGCCUCUUCUCAAAGCCUUCUUUGAGGCACUACUAAAAGGAGAACCUGCAAAGCUACCAAAAUACGACAAGGCUAUUAAAGGUGGCAAAGGCGAUCGCCUUCCAGAGUCUGAAUGGCUUCCUGUGAACCAGCCUGGUCAGCCCAAGAUCCAGGCCAUCAUGUUUGAGGGAUGGUGCGUAGGCUUCCGUCCAUUAAGUCCUGAGGGAGUUGAGGAAAGGCUCAACAUGCCCAACCGUACCCUGAAGCAACACAAACUUGAGCAUCUCCUAUUCGUUAAUGAGAAGCUUUGCGAGUACAACAGCCUCACAGAUACCUUUGAUGCCUUCAUCCAAAUCGACGCAGAGGAUCUUGGCUAUGUGUAUGGCUGGCGGUUGGAGCAAGAGAACCAUCUGCGUGAGGAAAGGGGUGAUCCAGAAGCGGGUAUGACCUCGCAAGAAGUUGUCAAGUUUGUCGAUGAUUACUACCCUGCCUAUGAGCUCUACACUGAUAGAUUGAGGAAGGGCGUCUUGGCCAAUCGACCAGGCCAUCAAUUGAGGAUGGUAGUUGGCCGCGACAGAAAAGUAAAACAUGUUCGCCGCGUAUGA